AUGUCUGUCAACCCGCGCAAGAGAAAGGCGGCGGUCAAGGCGCCGCCGCCACCGCCAGAGAGCGAGUCGGACGACGAACUGGGCGACGGCCUGCUCGAGGGCAUCCUGUCGCAUUCCGAAGACGACGACGACGAGGAAGAGGAGGGAGACGAGACAGACGCCAGCAGCAUAAUCGAGGGCCUGUCCGACGACGACGACGACGACGACGACGACGAAGAAGAAGAAGAAGAAGAAGAAGAAGACGAGCAGGCCAUCCGCGAGCAGAUGCGCACCCUCAAGACCUCGGAGCCCCGGCAGCACACACACGACAUGGACCCCGACCCCGCCGACGACGACGACGGCCUCAAGCCCAACUACACCGUCCAGACCGACGCCAACGGCAACACGCGCUACCUCUACCGCGAAAUCGAGCCCGUCUACGAGUCGGACGACUCCGACGCCGAGCAGACCAACACCAUCGGCAACAUCGACCUCGCCUACUACGACGAGUACCCGCACAUCGGCUACGACAUCAACGGCAGGCGCAUCAUGCGGCCCGCAAAGGGCGACGCCCUCGACGCCCUGCUCGACAGCAUCGACAUCCCCAAGGGCUGGACCGGCCUGACCGACCCCGCCACCGGCCAGCCGCUGAACCUGACCGACGAGGAGCUCAGCGUGCUGAAAAAGGUCGCGCGCAACGAGGUCGUCGAGGACGGCUACGACCCCUACCCGGACAUGGUCGCCUACUUCUCCGGCGUCGACCAGGAGAUCAUGCCGCUGAGCGCCGCCCCCGAGCCCAAGCGCCGCUUUGUCCCCUCCAAGCACGAGGCCAAGCGCGUCAUGAAGAUCGUCAAGGCCAUCCGCGAGGGCCGCAUUGCCCCCUACAGGCCGCCCGAGCUCGAGCAAGACGCCGACCCCUUCUCCUUCGACGUCUGGGCCGACGAGAAGCCGCGGCCAGACAAUUCGAUGCACAUCGCCGCGCCCAAGCUGCCUCCGCCUGGCUACGAGGCCAGCUACCACCCGCCGCCCGAGUACCUCCCGGACAAGGCCGAGGAGCACGCCUGGCGCGAGCAGGACGACGAGGACCGAGAGCGAGAGUUCCUGCCCAAGAGCUACGACGCCCUGCGCAAGGUCCCCGGCUACGACGCCUUUGUCAAGGAGCGCUUCGAGCGCAGCCUGGACCUGUACCUCGCCCCCCGCAUACGCCGAAACCGGCUGAACAUCGACCCCGACUCCCUCCUGCCCAAGCUGCCCGACCCGGACGAUCUCAAGCCCUUCCCCACCACCUGCGCCGCCAUCUCCCGCGGCCACCAAGGCCGCGUGCGCUCCGUCUCCGUCGACCCGCUCGGCAUCUUCCUUGCCAGCGGCGGCGACGACGGCUACGUGCGCAUCUGGGAGAUCCUGACCGGCCGCCAGCUGUGGAACGCGCGCCUCUCGUCCGACGACGCCGUCGACGCCGUCUCGUGGCGGCCCGUCAAGGAAGCCUCGAUCCUCGCCGCCGCCGCCGGCGAACACGUCUACCUCAUCGUCCCCUUCGCCCUCCUCUCCCCCGACGUCGAGCAGCGCUCGCGCGACCUCGUCGACGCCGGCUGGGGCUACGCCUCGUCCAAGUCCACCAGCACCAACGCCCACGACGCGCCCAACACACCCCCCGGCCUCUGGUCGCGACCCGAGAAGAAGAGGGAGGACAAGGGCAUCCUCGUCCAGGUCGAGGUCCGCAGCGCCAUCAAAACCCUCUCCUGGCACCGCCGCGGCGACUACUUCUGCACCGUCUCCCCCCGCGGCCAGUCCUCCUCGGUCGCCAUCCACACCGUCUCCAAACACCUGACCCAACUCCCCUUCCGCCGCCUCAAAGGCAUCGCCCAGACGGCCCAGUUCCACCCCAGCAAAGCCAUCUUCUUCGUCGCCACCCGCAACACCAUCCGCAGCUACGACCUGGCCAAGCAAGAGCUCGUCAAGAUCCUGCAGCCCGGCGCGAAAUGGAUCUCCUCCAUGGCCGUCCACCCCGGCGGCGACAACCUCAUCGUCGGCACCUACGACAAGCGCCUGCUCUGGCACGACCUCGAGCUCUCCACCAAGCCGUACAAAACCCUCCGCUUCCACACCGCUGCCAUCCGCGCCGUCGCCUUCCACCAGGCCGCCUACCCCCUGUUCGCCGACGCCAGCGACGACGGCACUCUGCAGAUCUUCCACGGCAACGUCGUCACCGACCUGAUGGAGAACGCGACCAUUGUCCCGCUCAAGGUCCUCAAGGGCCACAAGGUCAGGCAGCGACUCGGCGUCAUGGACGUCCAGUGGCAUCCGCGCGAGCCCUGGUGUGUCAGUGCCGGCGCAGACGGCACGAUACGGCUGUGGAAUUAG